AUGUAUCAACACAACACAAAGGUAGUUAUUGACUUGGGUUCUGGCACCAUUUCCACAGGCUAUGGAAUGGACGAUGAGCCCACUUCAGACAUCAACAAAUCUCUGACAGGUCAAUCCAGAAGAAUUUACUCCAAAAUUAAAUCAAAUUCUUUACUUCCUGAUCUAAAAUAUCCAAUCGAUAAAGGAAUUAUCACUCAAUUGGACGAUUUAGAACUAAUGUUGGAACAUUUAAUUUUGGAAGAAAUGAAAAUUAUUGAAAUGAAGGAAUAUCCGAUUCUAAUAGGAUAUAAUUCAUUGAAUAAUGUGAAAAGAACGAGAGUGGGAAUUACAGAGAUUGUUUUUGAGAAAUUGGGAGUUCCUGUUUUUGCUUUGGCUGACAGGAACAUGUUAUCACUUUUGGCAUCUGGCAGGACAACUGGAUUGGUAUUGAAGAGUGGAGAUUGUAUCACUAAUUCAGUUACUAUUGAUGAGGGCCAAGUGUUAACUCAACAUUGUUGUGGUGUGGAAUUUGGUGGAAGGGAUUUAUCUCUAUUUUUGGAAAAGUUGAUUGAAAAUUGUGGAUACAAAAUUGGAGAAGAAUUUGAUAGCUCUACAGGGGUCGAACAUUUAAUUCAGAUAAAGCAAAGAUUGUGUCAGAUUUCAAUGGAUUAUCAUUGGGAAACUCAAAGAUUUGACAUUUGUGAUCGAUAUUAUGAAAUUGGAGAAAAUGGCAUUUCACUUGGUCUAGAUCAAUACAAAUCUUCCAUUCAUGAGCUAAUUCUCAAAUCUUUACAACAUCUCGAUUCGAAAUUCAAGGAAGAAUGUCAGAAAAACAUUAUUCUCUCUGGAGGAAAUACUCUCUUCCCUAAUUUUACAGAAAGACUCAAGAGGGAACUUAAUCUGACACCGUGUAGGGUUGUGGCUCCACCUGAGAGAAAGUAUUCUUCAUGGAUUGGUGGCUCAAUUUUGUCAUCCAUUCAAGGAGUUGAUUCAAUGUGGAUUUUAAGAUAA